AUGCUUCCUCUACGCAGACUUCCUUUGCUUUUCCUGCUGUUUUUGGGCCUGAGUUUCCGGCCGAGCCGAGCCCAGUUCUCCUCCCAGGGCUCGCUGCUCUUCACCCAGUCGGCCUACAACGCCUCCAUCUUGGAGAACUCGGCCGCCCGGACCUACGUCUCCAGCGAGGUCCGGAUGGGCGUGGCCCUCACGCCGUGGUCUCCGCCCGUGACCUUCUCCAUCGCGGCCGGGGACGACGAGGGCGUGUUCCAGGCCGAGCAGUUUGUGAUGGGCGACUUCUGCUUCCUGAGGGUUUACACCAACGCCGGCAGCGGCGGGAUCCUGAACCGGGAGGUGCAGGACAACUACACCCUGCUGGUGCGGGCCUCGGCCCCGGGGGGCCGCGACCCCGGCCCGGCCACCACGCUGUACGUCCGGGUCCUGGACACCAACGACCUCCGACCUCUGUUCUCCCCGACCUCCUACUCGCUGGUGGUGUCCGAGAGCGCGGAUCUGGGCGCCAGCGUGGGCCGCGUCACGGCCACCGACGCCGACCUCGGCCCCAACGGACAGUUCUACUACUUCUUCAGGACGCGGGUGGAGCUGUUCGCGGUGCACCCCACCAGCGGGGUCGUCACCCUGACGGGUCGCCCGCGGGUGGAGCGGGCGGAGCGCUACGACCUGGAGGUGCAGGUGGUGGACCGCGGGAUGAAGCUGUACGGCGGCGGCGGCGUGAGCAGCACGGCCCGGCUGCUGGUGUCGGUGCGGCGCCUCAACCAGUUCCCGCCCGUCCUCCGGGCCGCGGCGGCGGCGCCGUCCUGGACCGACCCGGACCCCGUCUACGCCACGCUGACGGUGGAGGACGGCGACGAGGGCGACGCCGGCGACAUCGAGUGGGUGUCCAUCGUGGAGGGCGACCCGCUGGAGUACUUCGUGGUGCACCGCUCCGCCGUCCGGAACCAGUACCGGGUGAAGACGCUGGAGCCGGUCCGCUGGGACGCCUUCCCCUACGGCUGCAACCUCACCUUCCAGGCCAAGGACCGCGGCGUCCCGCCCCGCUUCUCCAACACACAGGUGGUGCAGCUGCUGGUGUCCCGGCCGGCGCCGGUGCCGUCCCGCUUCGAGAGGGAGGUGUACGAGUUCCGUCUGAGCGAGGUGAGCCCCCCCGGCACCAUCGUGGGGGUGGUGCGGCUCUCCCCGGCCCCGGCCAGCGUCAACUACACCCUCUGGCCCUCCGCCCCGGCCGGCUUCACCAUCGGCCCGUCCAGCGGCGUCAUCGCCACGGCCGCGCCGCUGACGGCGGUGUCGGCGUCCGUGGUCCGGGCCGAGGUCCUGGACACCGUCAGCCAGCGGCGGGCCACGGUGCAGAUCACCGUCGACGACGCCAACGACAACCCGCCCGUGUUCGGCCGGCUGGCCUACGACGUCUCCGUCAACGAGAGCUUCCCCGUCGGCGCCGUGGUGCUGGCCGUGUCGGCGGCGGACGCCGACCGCGGCGAGAACGGCGUGGUGACCCACACCAUCGUGGGCGACCCGUCGCUGCCGUUCUCCAUCGACCGGGACUCGGGGGAACUCCGGGUCACGCGGGACCUGGACUACGAGGCGUCGCAGGACAGCUACGAGUUCGCGGUGCGGGCCUCGGACUGGGGGGCGCCGUACCGGCGGGAGAGCGAGGUCAACGUCACCGUCCGGGUCGUCAACCUCAACGACAACCGGCCCGUGUUCGAGAGGGUCUCCUGCCGCGGGAUGAUCGGGCGGGACUUCCCCGUCAAGGACACCGUCCUCACGCUGUCGGCCGUGGACAUGGACGAGCUGGGCCCCGUCAGGUACCGCAUCCUCUCGGGGAACCAGCUGGGCUUCUUCAUCCUGAACCCGGACUCGGGCGCGCUGCUGCUGCAGAGAUCCUUCGGCUCUGAGAGCCUGAAGAGCGGGACGUUCACGCUGAAGGUGGCGUCCACGGACGGGGAGCUGGUCUCCGACCCCACCUUCGUGAACGUGACGGUGGUGCGGGGCCGGCCGCCCCCGCGGGGCUUCACCUGCCGGGAGACGGGGGCGGCGCGGCUGCUGGCGGAGAAGAUGCUGGCCAAGGCGUCGGCCGCGGCGGCGGCACCGCCGGCCCCCGACCAGCGGCUCCUGUUCUCCAGCAACACCCAGACCCCCCAGUUCCAGGCGCUGCCCCCCAGCGUGCUGGUGCGCGAGGACCUGCCGGUCGGCGCCAGCGUCUUCCAGGUCCGGGCGCGCGACGGCGACUCGGGCUUCAACGGCCGCCUGCUCUUCUCCAUCGCCGACGGCAACGGCGACCACCGCUUCAGCAUCCAGGUGGAGGGCGGGCUGAUCUCGGUGCUGCAGCCGCUGGACCGCGAGCGUCUGGACCGCUACGACCUGAACGUGACGGUGCGGGACCAGGGCGCCCCCUGCAGGGCCAGCUGGGCGCUGCUGGCCGUGCUGGUGGACGACGCCAACGACAACGACCCCCAGUUCUCCCAGGACGGCUACCUGGCCGUGGUGUCGGAGAACGCCACGGUGGGCGCGGAGGUGGCCGCCGUGGCCGCCUCCGACCGCGACGCGGGCCAGAACGGCCAGCUGUCCUACGUGCUGCUGGACGCCGUGCCCCAGUUCGGCAUCGACGGCGAGAGCGGCGGCGUGUUCCUGGCGGCUCCGCUGGACCGGGAGACGCGUGGCUCGUUCACGCUGAGGGUGGAGGCGCGGGACAAGGCCGAGAGGGCGGCCCGGCGCUCGGCCGUCACCACGCUGACCGUCACGGUGGAGGAUGUCAACGACUGCCCGCCCGCCUUCGUCCCCGCCAGCUACACGGCCCGGGUCCCGGAGGACCUGCCGGCCGGGGCCGUGGUCACCUGGGUGCAGGCCCUGGACCCGGACACGGGGCCCGGGGGACUCGUCCUCUACUCGCUGGGAAACGACUUCAACGGCACCUUCGAGAUCAAUCCUCUGACCGGGAUCCUGAGGCUGAAGAGGGAACUGGACUUUGAGACCAAACAGUUCUUCAACGUGUCCGUGGCUGCUGAGGACGGGGGAACGCCGCGCCUGCAGAGCCAGACCUUCGUGGAGGUCGAGGUGGUGGACGUCAACGAGAAUCUGUACGCGCCGUACUUCCCCGACUUCGCCGUGCGCGGCUCGGUGAAGGAGAACGUCCGCACGGGGACGAGCGUCCUGAGCGUCAGCGCCAGGGACGAGGACCGGGGCCGGGACGGAGCCCUGAGGUACUCCGUCCUCGGAGGCAGCGGACUGGGCGUCUUCAGCAUCGACGAAGACACAGGGGUGAUUUACACCGCCGACAUCCUGGACUGCGAGACCAAGAACUCGUACUGGAUCACGGUGGUCGCCACCGACCGAGGAGCCGUGCCGCUGUCGGCCUCCGUGGAAGUCUUCAUUCAGGUGGAAGACGUCAACGAUAACGCCCCCCUCACCUCGGACCCCAUCUACCACCCGGUCGUCAUGGAGAACUCUCCCAAGGACGUGUCCGUCAUCCAGAUCCAGGCGCAGGACCCGGACCUGACGGCCAAACCGGGCCGCCUCAGCUACCGGAUCAGCGCCGGCAACCCGCAGAACUUCUUCUCCAUCAACCCCAAAACUGGUCUGAUCACAACGACGGCGAGGAAACUGGACAGAGAACAACAGGCCGAGCACUUUUUAGAGGUGACGGUGAUUGACGGCCCGGCCACGACCCGCCAGUCCACCGUGUGGGUGAUCGUCCACAUCGCCGACGAGAACGACAACCCGCCGACCUUCCCCGAGGUCACGUACCGCAUCAGCCUGCCGGAGCGGGACCGCAACAAGCGGGUCGAGCCCGUCUACCGCGUCUUCGCCUACGACCGCGACGCCGGCGCCAACGGCAACGUCACCUAUGCCGUCGUCGACGGAAACCAGGACGACAAGUUCAUCAUCGACCCGAGGACCGCCAUGGUGUCGUCCAAGAAGAUGGCGACGGCCGGAACCUACGACGUCCUCACCAUCCGAGCCGAGGACGGCGGCGAGCCUCCGCUCUGGGCGACCGUCAAGCUGCACAUCGAGUGGAUCCGCAGACCGGCGCCGUCCCAGAUGCCGCUGCUCUUCACGCAGAGACUCUACAACUUCUCCAUCCCCGAGACCACAGCGGUGGCUCAGCCGGUGGGCGUGGUGGCCGUCAGCCGCUCCAGCUCGCCCGUCUGGUUCAGCAUCAUCGGCGGACGGCUUGCCAGAGAGAUGUUCUACAUCCCCCAGAAUGCGUGCGGGAGGAACUGCUCGCUCGACACAGGGAGCUUUGACAUGCAGUUCGACCUUCAGGUGGGCGUGGGGACUCUGGUCGUGGCCAAGCCGCUGGACGCCGAGCUGCAGUCGCUGUACAACAUGACGGUGCAGGUGACAGACGGGACCAGCGCCGCCACCGCUCAGGUGUUCAUCAGGGUGCAGGACAGCAACGACAACCCCCCGGCGUUCUCCCAGCCGGCCUACGACGUGAGCGUGUCGGAGGACGUGCCGGCCGACACGGAGCUGCUGCGGGUCCGAGCGUCGGACGGAGACGAGCGGGCCCGGCUGAGCUUCUCCAUGUACGGCAGCGUGGACCCGGCUAGCAUGAGGCUGUUCCGGGUCAACCCCGGCACCGGCUUGGUGUACACGGCCGACCGGCUGGACUACGAGGCCCGGACGCAGCACAUCCUCACCGUCAUGGUGAAGGACCAGGAGUUUCCGUUUAACCGCGACCUGGCGAGGAUCCUGGUGGCGGUGGAGGACACCAACGAUAACGUCCCCUACUUCACCAGAACCGUGUACGACGCCGUCGCCUACGAGACGUUUCCCGUCGGCUCUUCGGUGCUGCGCGUCACCGCCCUCGACAAGGACAACGGCAUCAACGGCCAAAUCACGUACACCAUCGAAGCAGGAAACACCGGGGGCGUGUUUGCCAUCAACAACGAGACGGGGCUCGUCUCCAUCGCCCGGCCGUUGGAACCCGCCUCUCUGGGCUUCUACACGCUGACGGUUCGGGCCGCCGACUCGGGUUUCCCUCCGCUGGCGGCCACGUCUUCAGUCCGGGUCUCGCUGAUGCUGUCGGACUUUUCCCAGCCCAAAUUCAGCCAGAAGGAAUACCAGGCCGAGAUAAUGGAGAAUUCCAGACUGGGAUCCGUCGUCACCACGAUCAACGCUCUGAGCCGCUCGCCACUGGUCUACGACAUCAGCGGGGGAAACGAGGAGCGCUGCUUCUUCAUCAACCAACACACGGGCGUCAUCACCACGCGCAAGCUGCUCGACUUUGAGAAAACCACGUCCUACUUCCUGGUGGUCCGAGCCUCCAGCAUGGCGGGGAUGGAGGCCAGCGCCGCCGUCAACGUCCAGGUGGGAGACGACAACGACAACCCGCCCGAGUUCCAACAGAUCAGGUACGAGGGAACCGUCAGCGAGGCGGCGCCGGUCAACAGCGUGGUCCUGGGGGACGACGGCAACCCCCUGGUGAUCCGGGCCGCGGAUCAGGACCGGAACCACAACGCCCUGCUGGUGUUCCAGAUCGUGGAGGAGACGGCUCGCAUGUUCUUCAGCGUGGACUCCGGGACCGGCUCCAUCCGGACGAUUGCCAGUUUGGACUACGAAACCUUCCCAGAGUUCGUGUUCCGGGUUCACGUGCGAGACAGCGGUGAACCUCCGCGGAGCGCCGACAGUCCAGCAGACGUGCUGAUAAAGGUGAUCAACAUCAACGACUCCCCGCCGAAGUUCUCCCAGGACGUGUACGAGACGGUGCUGCUGCUGCCGACCUACGUGGGCGUGGAGGUCCUCAGGGUGGAAGCCUGGGACCCCGACGGUUCUGGUUCUGGCUCUGGCUCUGGUUCUGGCUCUGGCUCUGGCUCCGCCGGGCCAACGCUGGCCUUCUCCCUCACCGACAGCAGCGCGGCCGAGUUCUUCUCCGUGGGCCGCUCCUCCGGAGUGGUGACCGUCAUCAAUCAGGCCCUCAACAAUAACCGUUAUCGCUUUAAUGUGAAGGUGUGGGACGGGCGUUUCUCCGGCGCGGCCGUCGUCUCGGUGCUGGUGAGGGAAGCCAUGGACAGCGGGCUGCUCUUCACCCUGCCGGUCUACUCCGGCUCCGUCCCGGAGAACUCCCCCGACGUCACCGUGGUUACCGUGGUGACGGCCGUGGGCCACCGCCUCAACGAGCCGCUGCGGUACAGCCUGCUGAACCCCGGGGGGCGCUUCACCAUCCGGCCCACCUGCGGCGUCGUGCUGACCGCCGGCCGGCCGCUGGACCGCGAGGAGACGGCCGGCUACGAGCUGGUGGUGGAGGUCCGGCGGGAGGACGAGGUGCUGAGGGUGGCCCGGGUCACGGUUCAGGUGCAGGUGGAGGACGUGAACGACAACGCCCCCGAGUUCCUGAACCUGCCGUACUACGCCGCGGCUCAGGUGGAGGCCGAGCCGGGAUCCGUGGUGUUCAGGGCGGCGGCGCUGGACCGCGACGCCGGGACCAACGGAGACGUGACCUACGGACUCAAGACCCCACACAGGAACUUUGAGAUGAAUCCUGCGACAGGAGAGAUCACCCUGAAGAGAACGUUUGAGGCAGACCUGUCCAACAUGGAGUACAAGGUGGUGGUGGUGGCCAGCGACGGCGGCGCCCCCGCCCUGUCCAGCGAGGUGGAGCUGCCCAUCACCAUCGUCAACAAGGCCAUGCCGGUGUUCGACAAGCCCUUCUACGGCGUGACGGUGCCGGAGGACGUGGCCGUGUCGGCCGCCGUGCUGCGCAUCAACGCCAGCAGCCCCGAGGGCCAGCAGAUCAUCUUCACCGUGGCCGACGGCGACCCCGCCCUGCAGUUCGACAUCGGCUUCGACUCCGGGGUCAUCAGCGUGGUGUACCCGCUGGACUACGAGGCGGCGCAGUACUACCGGCUCACGGUGAAGGCCACCGACACGCUGACGGGGGCCAAGUCCGAGGUGGACGUGGACAUCAUCGUCCUGGACGUCAACGACAACGCGCCGCUGUUCCAGAACAGCUCGUACUCCGCCGUGCUGUCGGAGAACGCCAUGGUGGGGACGUCCGUGCUGCAGGUCGUGGCCCAGGACCAGGACUCGGACAGGAACGCGGCCGUGUCCUACCAGAUCCUGUCCGACGUCUACAACAGCAGCGACUUCUUCCAGAUGGACGCGCGGCGCGGGCUGGUGCUGACGGUGCGGCUGCUGGACUACGAGCUGGCGCAGCGCUACGACUUCAUCGUGCGGGCCACGGACAGCGGCGAGCCGGCCCUCAGCAGCGACGUCAGCGUGACGGUGACCGUCACCGACACCAACGACAACCCGCCCGGCUUCAGCCGCGCCGUCUACGACGCCUUCGUCAGCGAGCUGGCGCCGCCCGGACAGUUCGUCACCUGCGUCCAGGCGUCGGACGCCGACGUCUGCGACGCCCAGAGGCUGCGAAGGUUGGAGAGAAGUCUGAGGAGCUUAAAGGCAACACGACCCUCCUCUUUAGAGCUCGUCCGAGCCACGGACGAGGAUUUGGGCGUGAACGGCCAGGUCACCUACUCCUUCAUCAACGACCUGGGGAAAAACCAGUUCAACAUCGACGCCGACGGCAGCAUCUCCACCGUGGAGAGACUGGACCGAGAGAAUCCCCUGAACAAGGACAUGGUGCUGACCGUCAUGGCCCUGGACGGGGGAGGCCGAGCGUCGUUCUGCACCGUGCGGGUCGUCCUGGCCGACGAGAACGACAACGCGCCGCAGUUCCGGGCCGUGGAGUACCGCAUGAGCAUCCGGGCCAACGUGGCCAAGGGUUCGCUGGUGACGCAGAUCCAGGCCAGCGACCCGGACGCCGGCGCCAACGGCCGGAUCACCUACUCGCUCUACAGCGAGGCCCGGCUGUCGCUGGUGGACGUGCUGGAGGUGGAGCCGGACAGCGGCUGGAUGAUGACCAAGAGCGCGGUCGACCACCUCCAGGGAACCGUCCUGUCCUUCUUCGUCAAGGCCACGGACAGCGGCGCGCCCGCGCGGCACUCGCUGGUGUCGGCCUUCGUCCACGUGGUGCCGGCCGACGCCCCGGUGCCGUCCUUCAGCCAGCCGCAGUACUCCUUCACCAUCCCCGAGGACACGGCGGUGGGCACGGCGCUGGGCUCCGUGUACCUGGGCCCCGGCCAGACCGCCGUCUUCAGCGCCGUGGCCGGAGAGACGCCCGACAGCAACCGGGGUGGCGCCUUCCUGGUGGAGCGGGAGACGGGCCUCAUCCGCCUGCUGGCGCCGCUGGACUACGAGCGCGUCAGCACCUUCCGCUUCAAGGUGGCGGCCACGGCGCGGCGCGACCUGGUGGAGGCCGUGGCCACGGUGGACCUGGAGGUCAAGAUCCUGGACGUCAACGACAACCAGCCGGUGUUUGAGACCAGCACCUACGUUGCCACGGUGAUGGAGGGGAUGCCGGCGGGGACGCGGGUGGUGCAGGUGCGAGCGUCUGACCCGGACUGGGGCUCGAACGGACAGGUGACCUACAGCCUGGGGGCGCUGCUCGCCUACGGCCCGGACCCGAGGGACGCGCCGCCCCUGGCCGCCGCCGCCGGCUCCGUGUUCGCCAUCGACAGCAAGACGGGCUGGGUGACAACGGUGGGCCCGCUGGACCACGAGUUCUGCUCCGGCUACAGCUUCCAGGUGCUGGCGUCGGACCUGGCCGAGCUGCUGCCGCUCUCCUCCACCGCCGUGGUGACCAUCGCCGUGGCCGACGUCAAUGACAACCCGCCGCGCUUCGACCGGGACGUGUACCGCGGCGCCGUGCGGGAGAGCGACCCGCUCGGGGAGGUGGUGGCCGUGCUCCGGACCCGGGACCGGGACGGCACCGAGCAGAACCGCCUCGUCAGCUUCUACAUCACAGGAGGGAACCAGCGCGGCGUGUUCGGCCUGGCCCCCGUGCAGGGCGAGUGGAAGGUGUUCGUGGGCGGCCCGCUGGACCGCGAGCAGCAGGACUGGUACCUGCUCAACAUCACGGCCAGCGACGGCCUCUACGUGGCCCAGACGGCGGUGGAGGUGACGGUCAUGGACGCCAACGACAACAGCCCCAUCUGCAGCCAGGCGGUGUACAGCGCCUCCUUCCCCGAGGACGUCCCCCCCAACAAGGGCAUCCUGACGGUCGGAGCCACGGACGCCGACUCGGGCUCCAGCGCUGAGAUCCAGUUCUCCCUGUUCGGCAUCGGGGUGGAGGACUUCUACAUGGACGCCAACACUGGGGAGCUGCGCACCGCCACCCUGAUGGACCGGGAGGCGACGGCGUCCUACAAGCUCAUUGCCCAGGCGACGGACGGGGGGGGGCUGUUCUGCCGGUCCGACAUCUCCCUCAAAGUGCUGGACGUGAACGACAACGCCCCCUUCUUCUCCUCCACCAACUACGUGGCCAACGUGUUCGAGAGCGCCGCCCCGAAGGCCCUGCUGACCCGUCUGCAGGCCAGCGACCCGGACGAAGGUCUGAACCGGACCCUGGUCUACUCGCUGGUGGACUCCCUGGACGGGUUCUUCUCCAUCGACCCGGUGACCGGGGUGGUGGUUCUGGAGAAGUCCCUGGACCGCGAGCGCCAGGACUCCUAUCGCCUCCGGGUCCAGGUCACGGACCGGGCCGGGCAGCGGGGGGCGCUGUCAUCGCAGGUCGGCCUGACCGUCCUGGUGCUGGACGUCAACGACAACGCUCCGGUCUUCCAGAGGAAGGACUACGCCGUCACCGUCCCGGAGGACGUUGCCGUGGGAACGGAGCUGCUGCGCGUGUUGGCCACCAGCGCUGACAUCGGGCCCAACGGCGAGAUCACCUACAGGAUCCGCUCGGGGAACGAGCUGGGACGGUUCAGCAUCGACGGGAAGCGCGGCUCGAUCUCGGUGUCCGACGACCUGGACUUCGAGGUGUGUAAGGAUUACUACAUCACGGUGGAGGCGUGGGACGGCGGCAGCCCCGCCCUCAGCACCGCUACCAUGGUGAUCGUGGAGCUGAUGGACGUCAACGACAACGCGCCCGCCUUCGCCCAGGACGUCUACAACGUGCUGAUCAGCGAGGACGCGUCCGUGGGGCAGACGGUCACCCGGGUGUUUGCCGAGGACCUGGACAGCCAGGUGAACGGCAGGAUCACCUACAGCAUCCUGAAGGGCGACCGGAACAACCACUUCUGGAUCGACCCGGUGACCGGCCUGCUCAAGGUCAACAAGAGGCUGGACCGAGAACUGAUCUCCAGGUACACCCUGUCCGUGCAGGCGUUCGACAGCGGCUCCCCCGCCAUGUCGUCCACGGUGACGGUGAACAUCGACGUCUCCGACGUCAACGACAACCCGCCGGCCUUCAGCCCUCCCAACUCCACCGCCAUCGUACGGCUCCACCAGGCCGCCGGCAUGACCCUCCUGAAGAUGUCGGUCAGCGACAAAGACUCCCCCAAGAACGGCCCGCCCUUCGUGUUCGGCAUCGCGUCGGGGAACGAGGGCGGCUACUUCUCCCUGGACCAGGCCGGGCUCCUCAAGUCCAGCCGGGCCUUCGGCCCCGACGCCCCGCGAGAGUUCACCCUGGAGAUCCAGGCCGCCGACUCCGGGAAGCCGAGCCUCGGCUCCUCCUCCUGGGUCUUCGUGCGCGUCGUCGGCAACAGCCAGUACAAGCCCAGCGUCUCCCCCGUGGAGAUCUUCAUCGUCAUGGCGACGGACACCUUCCCGGGGGGCCCCGUGGGCCGGAUCUACGCCAGCGACCGCGACCCCAACGACGCCCUCUCCUUCACCCAGAAGCCCCAGCCCAAGAGCAUGUUCACCAUCAACCGGCAGAACGGCAGCGUGGUGGCGCUGCCCGGGCUGGAACCCGGCAGGUAUCAAACCAACGCCACGGUGAGCGACGGCCGCUUCGCCGUCAUCGCCGACGUGACGGUGCGGGUGGAGCAGGUGACGGAGGUGUUGCUGCGCGGCGCGCUAACGCUGCGCUUCAGCUCCAGCACCCCGGAGGAGCUGCUGGCGCGCUACUUCAUCCAGAUCAAGGCGGGGCUGCGGGCGCUGGCGGGCUGGAAGUGGUCGCCGGGGCAACAGGACCCGCUGCACGUGCUGGGCCUGCAGCCCGCGGCCACCGACGUGGACCUGGUGCUGGCCGUGGAGCGGCCCGACGGCCCGGGCUUCUACCCGCCGCAGGAGCUGGCCGCUAAGCUAGCGCAGGCGGUGGCGUGGGGCCGCACCCGCGGCGUGCUAGCCGGCGCCGCCGUGGUGGGCGGGGCCUGCUCGGGGGAGCUGGACUGCGGCGACGGCGUGUGCGAGAGCAGCCUGGCCACGGCGGGAGACGAGCUGGUCGCCUACAGCACGGAGCGGGUUAGCAUGGUGGCGCCGCGGUUCAGCCGGGCCGAGACCUGCAGCUGCGCAGGGGGGGCCUGCCGGGCCCCCGUGGAGCUCUGCGAGGGCCAGUCCUGCCCGCCGGACAUGCAGUGCGUCCGCUCCGGCCCUGCAGCGCCAUCUGUCUGCCAGUGCCUGCCGGAGCGUCUGGACCAGUGCGCAGGUCAGACGUCCCUCAGCUUCUCGGGGAACAGCUACAUCAAGUACCGGGUGACGGAGGGCGGCCAGGGCGGGGAGAUGCGGCUCGGCCUGCGGAUCCGGACGCUGCAGCGUCGGGGGGUCAUCAUGUUCACCCGGGUCAACCCCUGCACCAUGCUCAAGAUCGAGGGCGGCCGGCUCUGGUUCCAGCUGGACUGCGACAACACGCUCGGCAUCAUGGGAAUCUCGGACCGGCCCAUCAACGACGGCGCGUGGCACGCGGUGGCGCUGGAGCUGACGCGCAACUACACGCUGCUGUCGCUGGACGACAGCUACGUGGAGCGCCGGCGCGCGCCGCGGGCGCCGGCGCGGCUCUGGCCGCUCCAGCCCGACCCGUCCUUCUUCUUCGGGGCCCAGGUGAAGCCCCCAGGGGGCCCAGCGGGGCCGGGGGGGCCCCGGGACAGUCCCGCCGGCCGGCCCGCCCCCAGGGCCCAGGACGGGUUCCAGGGCUGCCUGGGCUCGCUGGUGCUGAACGGGAAGGAGCUGCCGCUGCAGAACAAGCGCAGCCGCUACGCCGAGAUCGCCGGCCUCAGCGAGGUCAAGCUGGGCUGCGUCCUGUUCCCCGACCCCUGCGUGGGCGCGCCGUGUCUCAACGGGGCGGCGUGUCGCAGCCUGCCCUCCGGAGGAUUCCAGUGCGUUUGCGGCGCCGGCUUCGGCGGCGAGCGCUGCGAGCUGCUGCUGACGGCCUGCUCGCCAAACCCCUGCCAGAACGGAGGGGAGUGCCGGCCGGUGGGGAACGCCUUUGUCUGCAGCUGCCCCGCAGGACUGGGGGGACUCGUAUGCGAGGAGGACGUGGACGAGUGCGUCCAGGACGGCUGUGCCGGUGGGGGCGGGGAGUGCGUCAACACCUUCGGGUCCUUCUUCUGCAACUGCUCCGACGGAGGCGACGAAGGCCGGCCCUGCGAGGACCAGGGCCUCGGGGACGACGCGCAGGCCGAGCCGCUGUCUUACAUCGGACCAGGGGAGAUCAUCGGCAUCGGGGUCCUGGCCUUUGUCAUCAUCUUCCUCCUCAUCCUCUUCAUCGCCUUCAGGAAGAAGAUCAAGUUCAGCAAGGACCCGGGUCCCGGGGGCGGGGGCGGCCCCGGGGCCGGGCCCCGGGCCGUGCUGGGGGGAGUGUCCUCGGUCUCCGCGGAGACCAGCUACAUGCUGCACAAGACGGGCGUGGGGGCCGAGGGCAUCGAGUUCAAGGCGGUGCGGGUGCCGGGGUCCCCCGCCCCGGCCACCGGCACCUACGGGGAGGUGGGGGGCGGCACCGGGGGCCCCCCCCAGGGCGUGGUGCGGCCCACCGCCCACACUGCCCUCCCCAGGGGGGCAGACGCAGACCGGCCGGCGGCCGGCGGGGCCAGUCAGAUGAGCAGCUUCCUCUCCGACUUGUCCAGAGGCGCCGCCGGCAGGAGGGGCGUGGCCGUCUGCAGCGUGGCGCCCAACCUGCCCUCGGCGGCGGCCCACCGCCCAGACCACAGCCCCGCCCACAAGGUGUCCUGGGGGGGCGAGGAGACCCGGGAGACCCGGGACACCAGGGACACCAGGGACAAGGGGAUGGACCGGCUCCGGGACGAGCGGGAGGACGAGUGGAGCCAGAGAGCCUUCCAGCUGGAGAGGAGCCACGGGGAGACCGGACCCCAGGUGAACGUGUCUCAGCUGGAGGACGACGCGGCGUGUCUCUCUGACUCCACCUCUGAAGAGCUCAGCUCCUACACCUCCGAGUCCUUCGAUGACAACGCCUCCAUCGUGACGGUCAUCCGGCUGGUCAACGACGCCGUCGACGACAUUGAAAGUGAAGUGUCAAACAUGGACAAAGAGCGCCGCUGGAAGAGCCCCGCGAGCCGCCGCCUGCAGAGGACGGAACAGAUCCGUGUCAUCAAAGAGUUCACGUUGGACUCGUACCGGUGGGAGACGUCCUGCCAGAGCUCCAGCUGGUUGUCCCCGGAGCCUCCGGGGUCCCGGUACGACCUCAGCGAUGCCCAAAACGACAUCCGGCGGGGCGGCAGCACGCGCUCCCUGCAGCUGGACUACCGGAUGCUGGGCCACGGUGGCCACGCCGGCCACGGCGGCCACGGCGGUGAGGGCCACGAGCGAGACCCGGGGAGCCGGAGAAGCACCUUCCAGUGGGAGAGGAGGCCGGACCAGCGAGACCGCAUUUCCCCAAACUUCAACACAGUAGGUCAGCGUCGCCACGGCAACCACGGCAACGACAGCAGCGACGACGACAGCCCCGUGUACGAGGAGUACCGCGAGCCGGGCCGCGACGCGGAGCCGGCCCGGGACCGGGACGAGGACGAGGACGCCACGUACGACACGCUGCCCCCGACCCGCCGGGCCUACGAGGGCUACCCGUCCAGCCCGCCGGGCCUGCACCUGCACCCGGCCCAGCUGCUGCCGCCCCUGCGGGCCUGGGACCUGCAGGAGGACCAGGGGGGGCCCGGGGGGCCCGGGGGCGCCGGCGGCCCCCCCGCGGCCGGGGCCGGCUCCGGGGGCGACGAGCUGGAGCGGCUGCUCAACCUGGUGUCGCUCCGGGCCCGGAGGGCCACGCGGACCAAACGGGCCUCCACCGGCUCGGAGCCGGCCACCGGCUGGGACGGGUUCAAGUGAGACCCGGACCAGGAUUUUUACUCCGACUUUACGCGUCACGAGGGGGGUGGGGGGGCAGUGGCCCCCCCAGAACCACCACUGACCCAGAUCAAGAAUAAGGCCAAGCCUUUGGAAUCUGCAAGAGAGAAAACUAAUAAACAGAAACAGAAACAA